AGAGCAUUUCCUCCAUAACCAAACACAAAAUUCAUUCGAGCAUCCAAAACCUACCAUACCCUCUCAUUUACACCAACAAAUUGCCUAUCCCUCUUUCUCCUAGUGUGCGCGCGCGUGUGAGUGUGUGUGUUUUCCUCUCCUCUGUGUUUCUAUGCAUAUGAUAGUAUCUGUUUCUAUAGUUAUAUGCACUUCUGCAUAUAUUGCUUCUACUCUCUUCCCUUUUCCUUUCUCCCUUCUCCCCUUUUCCAAAUUAACUCCCGCUGAUCAUUUCUCUUUUCCAAAUUCUCUCCUUCCUUUCUUAAAUCCACCGCCCCCUCACAAAUAGUCUCGACUCUUUCCAACUUCUACUGCCAUUUACCGAGUAACUCUCUUCAUUUCCCGCACUCACUCGAGAUUUAAUCAGCGUGUUUGGAGGAGGAUUUAAAAAUGGAUUCUCAAGAGCAAGUGUUCGACAACGUGAAAUUUGAGAAGGCGAAGGCGAUGGCCAGGUAUAACCGUUUCCGGAGGACUAUGAAACUUUUUCAGUUUCUGGAAGUUUUGGUGGCGCUCCUGUUGAUUUCCUGGUCCUCCACCCGUCUUCCCGGAGCGCUGAAAAUCUCCGGGAGGAUUUUGUUCGAAGUUGCAGACUAUCUGUUUAAUCCGCAUGUCGUUUUUCUCAUCGGCAACGUCAUCAUCGUCGCGCUCUUUUUCCUCUGUCGAAGAACCGGCGCCGGUAGCGAGAACUCCGGCGACGAUGAUCUCUACGACGAAUAUGCCCGUCACAGCCAGGCUCAUGCUCCACAGCAAAAAGUUGCAGGCUCGGGAGGCGUUAACAUUCCUCCGCCAGAAAUUCCUGCUACGCCGGAGACUAUGGACGUGAUUGCAGGCGCAGGAGGCGGCGAUGGAGGCGAAGCGGAGGAGAAGCAGAUCAUAUUGUGGACGGAGGAGAAGGCGGAGCAAUGCGACGCUGUGACGACGGCCAUAGAGACGGCGGCAAAACGGAUUGAGAAGUUUCAGAGGAUGCAGUCGGAGAAGCCGAAGAGAGAGAUCGCGGUGAAGCCGCAGGGAGAGCUCCGACGGUCGGAGACGGUUCAGGUCGGUCGAGGAAGGACCGAAAGGCCAAAGGCGACGUCAUUUGACACGGUGGACAAUAUGAGCGACGAAGAUUUCAAUCGGAUGAUCGACGGUAUUAUUGAGCAGCGGCAGAAGUUUCUUAUGGAACAGAAAUUAGCUGAAAACGGAGAGCGAAGAAAGACGUUAGGAAAAGUUACAGAUGUGCAAGUGUGAGUUGAGAAGUUUUCACUGAUCUAUUUUCACGAGCAGUAGAAAAGAUGUUGGAUGAAAAAUAUGGUCUGAGUUUAUUUUCCUUAUGAAUAUUCUAGUGACCAUGGUUUCGGAUGCACAGAGACUGUAGUAUAGCAGCUUCUUGUUACUUCUCUGUUUCUCUAUAAUUAGCAAGCGUCUUUUAUUGCGCCAAUAAUGAGUAUCUUUCUCCUUUUCCUUGUAAUUUAUGCGAGACUUGUUCUUAAUUUUAUUUCCAAGUACCAUUUCUGGAUGACGAUCGAUAUGCUUUCACCGCCCUGGCUGGCCAAUUCUAAGACAUGGGACGAAACUGUUUGGGAUAUUAUUGUACAGUGCUCUAGCAUAAGCGUGCAAGCUACUGGUGGUGGAGUGAUCACUGGGCUGUAAAAGUACAAGUCUGUGGCCAAUUAGCCAUGAACUCAAUGUGGAUUAGGAGUUGAUGGAUGCCUUCCGCUUUACUGUCUCUGUUUUGUUUUAUUCUGCACUGAAAUUGGUUGAUAAAGCCCAUUAUCAAAAGAGUGAUAUUUGAUACUCACGAGAGUGAUAUUUGAUACUCAGAAGUAGAAGGCCAUUAUGAUGGUUCUGUGUCAUGAUUUCGAGGUAGAAAUGGAUCAUCCAUCAGAGUAUCUAUCUGGCUGAGGCUAAAAGUGUGAAAUGCAGAGUAGUCAAAGAAGAACAGCUUUGAUGAAUUGAGAAGCAGAGUAAAGGAAGCGUAGUACUACAGGCACAUGCAUGAGGAAGACCAGCUAAGUCUAGUUUUAAACUUGACUUGCUGAAGCCGGGGUCACUCCCACAACGCCAUACUAAAACUAUGGAUGCUCGGGUUGACUCUUGACUAUACAAAUGUUGUUUUUUUUUUUUUUUGGCUCUCAUAGAAUUUUAAUAAAAAUUUAUUUGGGAAUUUACAAAAAUAGCUAAUUAUGUGCGAGUACCGACAAUUUCUUGUUUGUUUCUUCCGUUGAAUCCAGUUGAAUUGCUAUUUUCUGGAGUUUUUAUAUAAAAAAAAAUGUAUUGCACCAAUUUGAUGUACGCAAGGUAAAAAUAUGAAUAAAACAUAUGUUCAUAGAAAAAAGGUAAAAUUUUUUUGAAAAAAUAAAAAUCCAAAAUGGUACUUUUUCAUUUAUUUAUUUUGGCAAGGUUGUUGUUGUGCAUUAAUAAUGCCUUAGACUAUCAUUUUCAGGAUGGAGGUCUCCCCUCUUCAACAAAGCAGAGGAGGGUCCCUGAAAAUAAUGUGGCAAUUUGUCGAAGGGCAGAAGAAUCAAAACUUUAGUCUACCGUGUCAACUAAUCUUGCCUAAUAAACGACCGCGUGAGUCUAACAGGCGCGGCAUCAAACUUCUGGAUUCGCAGCAAUAGAAUAGAGAACUUAUUUCAUUUUCAUGUCUCGAUUCAAAUGAAUUACGUCAGGAUUUUGACAUAGUAUAUAUGUUUCUUGAUAGCAUUUCCAAGAUGAAUAUUACUAGUAACUAAUAAUAGCUACUACUCGAUUGUUGUGAUGAUCGAAUGAUAAUUUGUCAAUCAUACUAUCUAAAUGUAAUGAUAGUUACUAAACUAAAUAUUGAUGCAUCAUCAAUCAUCAACCCUUUAAAAGCUUGUAAUCUUGUCUAGGAAAAGGCACUUUUCGUCUACUUUUAGGCAUUUAAAAGAGUGUAAUUUCAAUUAAUUGCGUGCUUUCUUGGCACCGCUACCAUUCUUU